CGAGCAGCAGCAAGUGCUGACGCCGUAGAGGUCUUGUCUCUGCUGAAUCUCAAAAGAGAGACUGCUGCUGCAGCGGGCCCUGCUGCUGCUGCUGCUGCUGCUGCUGCUUCUGCCCAUGCCGUAAGAGACGCUCUCGGAAGAAUGGGGCUGCAUGCGCUGCUGGAUGACUACUUGGGAGACUCCUGGGGUGGCCCAGCAGCAGCAGCAGCAGCAGCAGCGGGAGAAGCAGCAGCGCCUUACGGGGCCCACCAAGCAGCGGGAGAGACAGGUGCUGCUGCUGCCAACGCUGCUGCUGCUGCUGCUGAGUGGCUGCAGCGGAAAGCCUCUUGUCUGUGGCGACUGCGACAGUGGGACAGCCCUUGGACUGCAGCAGCAGCAGCAGCAGCAGCAGGACCAGCAGCAGCAGCAGCGCCUGCUCCCCUCCUCUCGGCCAACAUCAGCAUUCGCUGCAGCAGCAACCCAGCAGCUCAAGCUGCUGCGCUGCUGUCUGCUGCUCUCUCGCUGCAGCACGCGGCGCAGCACUUGAAGGGGUGUGGGGCCCCACGCGUGUCUGCUGCGCUGCAGCAGGCUGCAGCAGCAGCAGCAGACGGAGCCUUUGCUACUGCGCUGCAGCGGCUGCAGCAGUUCACGGCCUCCACCGAAUCUGCUGCAGCAGCAGUUGAGUGUUUGCUACAGCUGCGCAUGGCUGCUGCUGCAGCACGCACCAUUGCAGCGGAAUCCCCCGGUACGACCCUUUGCCACAGCAGCAGCUGCUGCUGUUGCUGUUGCUGUUGCUUCAGCUGCUGCUUCCUUCACUGGGCCCCCAGCGCUGCCCCUUGUUCUCUGUUGCUGCUGCUGCUGUUCACGCUGCUGCUGCUGCUGCUAUCGUUUGUUCUGCAGGCCGUUUGUCCCUGCUGCAGUACGAGUGGCAGGGAAACCUGGCAGGAGCAGCAGCAGCAGCAGCAGCAGCAUCAAGCACCUCUCCGCAGCAAGCCUUUCUAG